AUUCGGUUGGAUAAGAGCGGAUGCGUGACAACUGACUUCCGUUUCGAUCUCUGUAUGUCCUCGUGGUUCAGUUCAUUGUGAUUGAGUGUGUCUGUGUUUGUGUCUGUAUAUGCGCCUGUGUUCGUGAGUGCGAGAAACUUAAAGGUUAAACAAUUUCAAUUUCGAUUGAUAAACGUGAAUUUAAUGUGCCAGCCGAACUAGCGUGAAGUCCUCAAAAAUGAUACAUCACAGACUAGUAUAAAGACUCACCUUAAGUGGCUAUACUUAAAAACUAAGCGGCGUAUUAUAUAUUCAUAUUUAGGCAGCAGAUCCAGAUCUUAAACCAGUAUCGAGUGCUUCAGUGCAUAAAAUUCACUCACAAUGCAUUUGAGUCGCAAAUUCUUGGCAUAUUUACAUUUAAUAUGCGCUAGCAGCAUUUGCUUGCUGGAAUUUAGCGCAGCCCAACAACAACAGCAGCAGCAACAACAACAGCAACAACAAACAGCAUCGUUAACCGAGAAAAUACCAUUAGGUGCCAUAUUCGAGCAGGGCACAGAUGAUGUGCAAUCAGCCUUUAAAUAUGCAAUGCUCAAUCACAAUCUAAAUGUGACAUCGCGUCGCUUUGAGCUGCAAGCUUAUGUGGAUGUCAUCAACACGGCGGAUGCCUUCAAAUUAUCACGACUGAUUUGCAAUCAAUUCUCGCGCGGAGUCUACUCAAUGCUGGGCGCUGUAUCGCCGGACUCCUUUGACACAUUGCACUCCUACUCCAACACGUUUCAAAUGCCAUUUGUGACGCCCUGGUUCCCCGAGAAGGUACUAACACCGUCAUCGGGCCUGUUGGAUUUCGCUAUCAGCAUGCGUCCGGAUUAUCAUCAGGCGAUUAUUGAUAUCAUCCAGUAUUAUGGCUGGCAAAGCAUUAUCUAUCUCUAUGACUCGCACGAUGGAUUACUUCGCCUGCAGCAAAUCUAUCAAGAACUGAAGCCCGGAAAUGAAACAUUCCGUGUGCAAAUGGUAAAACGCAUUGCCAACGUAACUAUGGCCAUUGAAUUUUUGCACACGCUGGAGGAUUUGGGACGAUUCAGCAAAAAGCGCAUCGUGCUCGACUGCCCGGCGGAAAUGGCCAAAGAGAUCAUCAUACAGCAUGUGCGGGAUAUCAAGCUGGGCAGGCGCACCUAUCAUUACCUGCUCAGUGGACUGGUCAUGGACAACCACUGGCCCAGCGAUGUCGUGGAGUUUGGGGCCAUCAACAUCACCGGCUUUCGCAUUGUGGACACUAAUCGGCGGGCGGUGCGUGAUUUUCAUGACAGCCGGAAGCGUUUGGAGCCUUUGGGCUCAGCAGGCGGUGGCGGCAUCGGCGGAGGUAGCAAAAUGCCAGCAAUUUCGGCCCAGGCCGCAUUGAUGUAUGAUGCGGUUUUUGUUCUUGUUGAAGCCUUCAAUCGCAUUCUGCGCAAGAAGCCGGAUCAGUUUCGUUCGAAUCAUCUGCAGCGACGCAGUCACGGGAGCGGUGGUGGGGGUGGGGUCGGUUCGUCAAUGGCAUUAAAUGAAUCAACUGCUUUGCUGGACUGCAAUACAAACAAGGGCUGGGUAACACCUUGGGAACAGGGUGAAAAGAUAUCAAGAGUUUUGCGAAAGGUGGAAAUAGAUGGUUUGUCCGGCUCAAUCCGAUUCGACGAAGAUGGCCGACGCAUCAACUACAGUCUUCAUGUGGUUGAGAUGUCUGUGAACUCCACUUUGCAACAGGUGGCCGAGUGGCGCGAUGACAUCGGUUUGCUCCCCUUGCACCACAGCAGUCGUGGCGAUUAUAUGGCGUCGUUUUCACGAUUUGCAUCAAGUUCGACAGCCGAUUACGCUAGGAAUCAUACGUAUAUAGUGACAAGUUUGCUAGAGGAACCUUAUCUUAUGCAUAAGCAGGCCGCGUAUGGAGAACAGCUGGUGGGAAAUGAUCGAUUUGAAGGAUAUUGUAAGGACAUGGCUGAAUUGUUGGCAAAACGUUUGGGCAUAAAAUAUGAGCUAAGACUUGUGCAGGAUGGAAAUUAUGGGUCUGAGAAUCAAUAUGCUCCGGGUGGCUGGGAUGGUAUGGUGGGUGAGCUGGUACGCAAGGAGGCCGAUAUAGCCAUAGCGGCUUUGACAAUUACAGCGGAACGAGAACGUGUCAUUGAUUUCACUAAGCCCUUUAUGUCACUGGGGAUAUCCAUAAUGAUCAGGAAGCCAGUGAAACAAACACCCGGAGUCUUUAGCUUUCUCAAUCCUCUCUCGCAGGAAAUUUGGAUGAGUGUCACUUUGAGCUAUGUGGGUGUUAGUAUAGUUCUUUACUUUGUUACACGAUUCCCUCCCUACGAAUGGCGCAUAGUGAAGCGAGCUCAACAAGCUGGAAGUGAGCCGGGGCAGUCGCACCCGCAGCAGUUGCAGCCGCAGCACACUCCUGACCCAACCAACGAUUUCAGUUUGCUCAACUCGUUCUGGUACUCCCUUGCUGCCUUCAUGCAACAGGGUUGCGACCUGUCGCCACCGUCGAUUGCUGGACGCAUUGCAGCCGCCGUUUGGUGGUUUUUUACCAUCAUUUUAAUCUCAUCGUAUACAGCGAAUCUGGCUGCUUUCCUCACCGUUGAACGCAUGGUGGCUCCCAUUAAGUCACCCGAGGAUCUGGCCAUGCAAUCCGAUAUCCAGUAUGGCACACUCUUGCAUGGUUCCACUUGGGACUUCUUUAAGCGCUCACAAAUCGGUUUGCAUCAAAAGAUGUGGGAAUAUAUGAAUGCCAAUUCGCGUCUUUCGGUCCAUACAUACGACGAGGGCAUUCGAAGGGUGAGAACCUCUAAGGGGAAAUAUGUCUUGUUGGUGGACUCGCCGAAAAAUGACUAUGUAAAUGCCAGAGCCCCUUGCGACACCAUGAAGGUGGGCAGAAAUAUUGACACAAAAGGAUUCGGUGUGGCCACACCCAUCGGUUCGCCACUGAGAACUCGCCUUAACUUGGCCGUACUCACGCUUAAGGAAAAUGGCGAACUGCUCAAGAUAUGGAACAAAUGGUGGUAUGACAAAACCGAAUGCAAUCCCAAUCUGGAUACACAUGAGGCGACAUCCACUCCCAAUGAAUUGUCGUUGAGCAAUGUUGCUGGCAUUUAUUAUAUAUUGAUUGGCGGAUUACUGUUGGCCGUGAUGGUGGCCAUAGUCGAGUUCUUUUGCCGCAGCAAAACCUCACGCCUCAAGACGCCAACGAAUCAUGCCGGCUCUGUGGCAUCGGGAAUGCUGGGCUCCUCUACAUAUCAAAGGGAUUCGCUGUCCGAUGCAAUUAUGCACUCUCAGGCCAAGUUGGCCAUGCAGGCGAGCAGUGAGUACGAUGAGCGAUUGGUAGGCGUGGAGCUGGCAUCCAAUGUUCGCUAUCAGUAUAGUAUGUAAGAUGCCCCUUUAGCUCUCACUUCUCCCUACUCUCUUCUCAAAUGUGAAGUGGACGACGAAAUUGUACAUAAUUUUUUGUGGCAUUAUACGAAAUCGAGAACUAAAUGUUAAACGACGCUGGCAAUCAUCAUCAAUUUUUUUCCGCAAAAAUUAUCACGGAGGCUGGACAGCUGGGCGUUUAAAACUCUGU